UGGGCCGCGCGGAGCCGAGCGGGCAAGGUAAAUCCAGCCCCGGGGCCGGCAGCCGGAGCGCUUGGCUGGGGCGCCGGCUCCAUGGGCAGCGGCGCUCGGCAGGAUGAUGGACGUUAACAGCAGCGGCCGCCCCGACCUCUACGGCCACCUCCGCUCGCUCAUCCUGCCGGAGGUGGGGCGCGGGCUGCAGGACCUGAGCCCCGACGGUGGCGCCCACCCGGUGGUGAGCUCCUGGAUGCCGCACCUGCUGAGCGGCGUCCCGGAGGUGACGGCCAGCCCCGCGCCCACCUGGGACGCGCCCCCGGACAAUGUCUCCGGCUGCGGGGAGCAGAUCAACUACGGCAGAGUCGAGAAAGUUGUGAUCGGCUCCAUCCUGACGCUCAUCACGCUGCUGACGAUCGCGGGCAACUGCCUGGUGGUGAUCUCGGUGUGCUUCGUCAAGAAGCUCCGCCAGCCCUCCAACUACCUGAUUGUGUCCCUGGCGCUGGCUGACCUCUCGGUGGCCGUGGCGGUCAUGCCUUUCGUUAGCGUCACCGACCUCAUCGGGGGCAAGUGGAUCUUUGGCCACUUCUUUUGCAACGUCUUCAUCGCCAUGGACGUCAUGUGCUGCACGGCCUCGAUCAUGACCCUGUGCGUGAUCAGCAUCGACAGGUACCUUGGGAUCACAAGACCCCUCACAUACCCGGUGAGGCAGAAUGGGAAGUGCAUGGCCAAAAUGAUCCUGUCGGUCUGGCUUCUCUCGGCCUCCAUCACCUUACCUCCGCUCUUCGGAUGGGCUCAGAAUGUGAACGAUGACAAAGUGUGCUUGAUCAGCCAGGAUUUUGGCUACACGAUCUACUCCACCGCCGUGGCAUUUUAUAUCCCCAUGUCGGUCAUGCUGUUCAUGUACUAUCAGAUUUACAAGGCCGCCAGGAAGAGCGCGGCCAAACACAAGUUCCCAGGCUUCCCACGUGUGCAGCCGGAGAGUGUCAUCUCCCUGAACGGUGUGGUGAAGCUCCAGAAGGAGGUGGAAGAGUGUGCAAACCUUUCGAGACUGCUCAAACAUGAAAGGAAAAACAUCUCCAUCUUCAAGAGGGAACAGAAAGCAGCCACCACCUUGGGGAUCAUUGUGGGAGCUUUCACAGUGUGCUGGCUGCCAUUUUUCCUCUUGUCCACAGCAAGGCCCUUUAUCUGUGGCACCGCCUGCAGCUGCAUUCCGCUUUGGGUGGAGAGGACAUGUCUGUGGCUGGGCUAUGCAAACUCUCUCAUUAACCCUUUUAUAUAUGCCUUCUUCAACCGGGACCUGAGGACCACCUACCGCAGCCUGCUCCAGUGCCAAUACCGGAAUAUCAACCGGAAGCUCUCUGCGGCAGGCAUGCACGAGGCCCUGAAACUGGCUGAGAGGCCCGAGAAAGUCGAGUUUGUGCUCCUAACCCAAGCUUCAGGAGUCCAGCAGGCACUGGAGAAUUUCCCUUGGGGUAACGGAGUGAACACAGGGAAAAAAGCUGUGAAUACUGUUGCACGGACAAAACUCUGACCACUGUAGAAAAAAAGUUCAUGAUACAUGAUCCAGAGUGGAAUAUUGGAGAUGAACAGUGCAAAGCAGGUGGAAACCAGGAAAUCAUUGGCUGAGACUUCAAAAUGGAAUGUGGCUUCUGUCUUCUUGGCAUGGCUGAAAUGGAAUGGGGUGAUCUGUUGUACAAAGUGUAUUUUGGGGGAGAUGGCGACCUCUCCCUUUUUUCCCCUGUGGAUCAGUGAUAUUGUGUUUAAAUGAAAAUAGUUCUCGGUCUCAGACAGCCAUCCCGGCAGUAAGCACACUAACAGAGCUGGGUUCCGGGAGGGAAGCAGUUUCUGGUGCUUUCCACAAGUCCACAUCCACGUGAGUGGGGGAAAAUCCUAACGCACAAUUCCCAUGCUUCCAGUCUAGGCUUCGUGGUAACUCUUCAGGAGUCAUUCAUGAGGCAGAAUACAUUCUGUGGUCUGACAGAAGGGUGUCUUUCCAAGCAAACUGCAGUAAGCAUAGUGUUGAAUGUAUUGCAUGUCCACGUUAGAAAACAAAAACUUGUCAUCAGCUAAUACAAAGCGAUUCCCCAGAGCAGUGUCUGUCCAGAGCUUUUGUCAAAUACUUUGGCUUUUCUGCAGGGUCCCUGUGACUUCCUACCAGUGUAUGUCCACUGUUAAACCCUUAUCAUUGUGGUGUAACUCAGGAACAGAUCUCAGGAUGGAGAGAGGCAGAAAACCUGAAUAAAGCUUUUCCUUGCACUCACACUCCUGAAGGCUCCUGGGAGAGGACGGUAACGGAGAAGAGUGAGUGCCACCUAACUGCAUUGUAUAUUAACAUGAUUCUCGGCAUGUUGUUUACUAUCAUCUUCUACAAGGGGGCAAGGAGUCCACAGGGCUGGUCUAUAACUGUGUGUCACGAGGAAGGAGUGUGGCGAUGGCAUAUCCAUGAAUGGGUGCGGUGCUUCUGGAGACAGCGCAAACAUGUUCAUCCAACUGGACUGUGUGAAGCAGAGGUCACCUGGACCCCUGCUGUGAAGACUCUAGAACAUCAUUCUGUUUCAUGUAGAGAAUUUGUCUCUGUGUUCUCUGUAUCUUAAAUCAAAUGUGUGCCUGAUGAAUUCUGUCCUCUAAACCCCUCCCUUCAAUAAAAAUGGUCAACAUUAAGGACAGGUAAGGAGACAGAAAGGGUUCCUUUGUGGAUAGCAUCCUUUAACACUACACUAUGUGUGGGUGAAGGAGAUGGAAGGGAAUAGAUCAGAAGAGUAUCUAUGUCUACAAGGGGGAAAUGAAUGCAAACCUUUAUUUAAUAAAAAGAGAACUGAAAGAGAAUAUUAUUUUCCUACAAUUAAGAAGGCUGUCCUCUCACAGGAUACAAGGAGUUCCAACAAUGAUUAUGGACUUCUUCCAGCUGUCACUGACGUUGUUUAUUAUGAGACAUAGGGAAGGGCCCCUUUCCUGUGAAGGGGAGGUAGGCAUUGUCCUUUCAGACAAAGUGUGUACAAAUUCCUGAGCCGCAGAUUUGCUAGAGUGACCGUAUAUACUUAUAUUCAUAAUUUAAAUAACAAUGAUGUCAGAUACAUGUUGUUAAAUUUGAAAAUGUUUUAUUACAUUACAUCAAAUAAAGGUUAUUUGUAGCUGUAA